AUGGCCUUUCUCAAGGGCCGUCUCCGUCGAAAGUCGAGCGAGCGAUCGCGAGCAACCAGUAUUGAUGUGGCAACGAAGAAUCACAAGUCCGAAUCUAGUCCAUCAAUAUGCGCCUCGGUAGCGGAUACUGGGAAUCUGGAAUCGAUCAAUAUCGAAGUCGAGCAGUUGUUCCAACAGGCAACGGAUACUGAUACUGAUCAUCCAGGACGCUCAAAGACCGAACCGUCUGUUUUUCUUAAAAUCAUGAAACGCAAAGGAUCUCCUACGAAACCAACCGGUUUAAAAGAGGGACUAAGGAGAUCUUUCUCUCAUCGAGAACGUCCGCAGCCGUCGACGGAAUCAAAAUCCAGCGAUAGAGUACAGAAUAGUUCGCCGGACUUUGUUAGUGAGAUGGGAUACGAUAGUGAUGCUCUCUUCAUACCUAGCCCGCGGUUCUCUGAGCAAAGUUGGGAUUCUGCGCAUCCUUGCAGUCCCAUACAGAUGGAACGAACUAUGACCUCGUUAAACCAAGUAUUGGCGAAUGAUCUGAGAUCACAGCCAAACUUACACCAAGAUAACGAAACUAUUGCCUUGCCGGUCAUUGAGCCCCCCAAGCUUAAUGACCUCUCGAUUUUGAAACGGAGAAGGAAGAUUGAAUUUGGUGAUGAGCAGAGCAGUCGCUCAUAUACUCUUCGAUUAUCGAGCAUCACUCCUAGUGAUGAGAGCGGGAGGUCGGAAAGUUCUAUCGCGGCUAUUGAGAACCGUCGAAAGAAGAGUCGGUUCAACGAACUAUUUCAUCUCGGCCUGAAAGAUGAUAUUUCGUCUCAACAACCUAGGAAAGUGAGCAUUGGAUGGAUGUCAGGCGGCAAGCGCUGUGGUUAUGGAUAUUCUUUUGUCGAAAAGGAGGAGGCUACCAACGCCUCCUGCACUGCAGACGUACCGCCAGAUGACUCAUCUGAAAGUUUAUCAUCUGGAACUGAGGACUGGCAAUCAACCAGGGACGUAGUCAUAUCUGAUGACAGUCAAGAUAAUGAUGAGGGUAGCGAGUCAAAGGUCGAAAUUUCUUCUCAAGUGAAAGACGAAGAAUCAGCCCCCAAGCCCGAGAGAAUCUCGUCCCCUUCUCAGCGCUUACGGUGGACAAUCUUUCCAAGCCAUACAAAGGCUGAAAGAAACCUAUCCAUGAAUCUUGACAAUGGAAUUAUUGUUCGUGAUUUCUGCCCUAAAGCUUCACCAGACAGACCUCAGCUAGAACAAAAUGGAGAGGAAAAGAAGCAUCAUCUGAUCUCUCACGCCAUCCGUCAAGGCUUCCACGACACCUUUCUCUGGGUGAUUGGUCUCCGCAAACGCGAAAUAGCAAGAUACCACGCCGGCCUUGAAGUACAUGCAGCCCGGUCUCAUGAGUGCAUGGAUCCACCCUUCGAGACAACGGUACCUUACUGGGAUAAUGUCCCAAAGGAGGAACUGGGCGAUUAUCACAUUGAAGCUUGGAGAGCGGCAAAAAGGCGAGAAAAGAAGAGAUCUGGCGGAAAAUUGGGAAAGUUCAGGGUUUCCAUGGGUCAUAGUGCUGACGCUGCUGCGAAGGAAGCACGCAAAAGGCCGACAUCCUCCUGCUCCUCGUCCAAGAAAGUAUGUGAAUCACCUCUUUCGGGUCCUGAGACUGGUUGGGAGUGUUGGGAUACAGAGAGAUAUUGA